AUGACCCUCAAACAGAUAUCUGAGGCUUCCGUUAGCAGAAACCGCAGUACAAUCAUUGUCCCUGCAGGAAGUGCCCGGGAUGAAGGAUGGGCUGCAUUUAGGAAUAUUCUGGCAGAAAUAAAUGAAGCAUCGAGGCUUUUUGUUCUGCCCAAUCAGCAAAACUCCGAACCCUCAGAACACCUUGUCGGACUUUCAGAUGACGUGGGGGCUGGGUUUAUAUCCAGUCACAGUUCUCUACCUUCCCCAGCAACUGAUUUGAAUGUGGAGCGGUCUGCCGAUUUGCCACCGGCAGAAGAAAUUAAUAACAUGGGAGUCUCCAAAAUGAUACGAGCUGAUCAAAAGAGAUUCUUCUUCGAUCUUGGGAGUAACAACAGAGGCCAUUUCUUGAGAAUAUCAGAGGUCGCAGGUUCAGAUCGGUCCUCCAUCAUCCUCCCACUUUCAGGACUGAAGCAGUUUUAUGAAAUGCUGGGUCAUUUUGUGGAGAUCACAAAAGAUCGAAUUGAAGGUAUGACUAGCGCAAAUGUUCGGACAGUGGACCCCACUCAGAGAUGAAUCUGGAUGACACGUUGGUUAGGCAAUAAACACAGCCAUUGGGUCCGAAAUAAAUUAUUGGAAAACUAUAACGCGAUAUGUCGUGCAGUUGAUUGGGGUGCAGUUGCGAGCUUGAUGUGUCAGUGUUUGCCUUAUUUGUGUUUCGACUAAGUCUUAAUAAGUUUGAUAUCUCUUUCAAUUCAAGUAAUCGUUUACUGUUAGCAAGCUCGAUUUUUAUAUAUGAAUAACACAUAAAUAAACCAAAGUGCAAUGUAUUCAAGUGAACAUUUGGAUUUCCUCUUGUGCAUUCCAUGUGUGCUUUCUGCUGUUAUAUAUACUGCCAGAAAAUUGUCCAACUGUUCUUUUGGGCUAUCUGUUAUGUGGAGUGGAUGCUGAACUUCAAUUAA